GCGACUUUAGCAGCGCCGUUAGCAGCGCUGCUAUAGAGGCUUUUGCGCUCUCUUGCUCUGCCACGCUCUCUCCUUGACUGACUGGCGCAGGCGCCUCACUUGCAUCUGGCAAUGCCGCCCGCACUCCGCACAGUCUGAAUAGAUGUGCGAAAACUGAAGCCGCUCACAAACAAAUGCGUGCAAAUAACAUGUUAUAAAACAAAACAAAAAAAAAACCCAAACCAAACAAGACAAAUAUUGAAAUAAAACAAAAGCCGAAAGCUAUUAAUUUGUGCUUAAACGCAACGUUGUCGCCACAAUGUGGCAAUAACAAAAAGAAAAAUCAAACCAAAAAAAAAAUAAAUAAAUAAAUACAAGCAACAACAACUCGUGACAGACAAGCGCAAAGCUUCGACGCGCUCUCUGGCGUGUGUAAUUUCCCUACAAUUAUCGCACGUCGUCGCUCUUAGCAGCAGUAGCGGUUGCUGCGACAGCGACGCCGACAGCGGCAGCGACAGUGGCAGUGGGACAGCGGGCGGGCAGCAAUGGCUUAAGGCCAAUCAACGCAGCAAAUUUUCAAACAGUACAUUUUUUGAAGCUGAGCUGAACCGAUUGGAGCUGCUGCACAACAACAGCAACUAGAAGAAGAAGAAGAAGGGAAGAAACGCUUGACGCUAAAGCUUUAUCUAAAGCGGGCAAUUUGAUUAAUUUGCACGCCAGUGAUAACUAGCGAGUAGCGACAAUAAUCUAAUAUCGAACGGCAACCAGUUGAGAGAGAGUUACACAUAAAAUGCAGUGGAUUGUAACGGUGUUGAUGCUGUCGAUGGUACCGUUAGUCCUCGUCCAGGGCUACGUUAUCAAAGAGGAUGAGAGCUUUCUACAGCUGCCACACUAUAGCAGCCAAGAGCAGCUGGAGGAUCUGUUUGCUCGCCUCGAGAAAGCGUAUCCGGAACAGGCGCGCGUGCACAGUCUCGGCCGCUCUCUGGCGGGACGCAAUCUCCUGGCCCUGCAAAUCUCCCAGAGUACGAGACAACGGGCGCUGCUAACGCCGCCCGUCAAAUACAUUGCCAAUAUGCAUGGCGACGAAACGGUUGGCCGACAGCUGCUCGUCUAUUUGGCCCAGUAUCUGCUGGGCAACUACGAGCGGAUUCUGGAGGUCGGACAGCUGGUCAAUACAACCGACAUCUAUCUGGUGCCCACCAUGAAUCCCGAUGGUUAUGCACUGUCCCAGGAGGGCAACUGUGAGUCUCUGCCAAAUUAUGUGGGACGCGGCAAUGCAGCGGGCGUGGACUUGAAUCGUGAUUUUCCGGAUCGCCUGGAGCAGCAACAUCUCAAUUAUCUGCGUGCUCCGUCCCGUCAACCGGAAACCGCCGCCUUGGCCGAAUGGAUUGUGAGCAAACCGUUUGUGCUUUCCGCCAAUUUUCAUGGAGGUGCCGUCGUAGCCAGUUAUCCGUAUGACAACUCUCUCGCCCACAACGAUUGCUGUGAGGAGAGCCUGACGCCGGAUGAUCGCGUGUUCAAGCAACUGGCGCACACGUAUUCUGAUAACCAUCCGAUAAUGCGACGUGGCAACAACUGCAACGAUAGCUUCGCUGGCGGCAUCACAAACGGUGCCAAUUGGUAUGAGCUGUCCGGUGGCAUGCAGGACUUUAACUAUGCAUUUAGCAACUGCUUUGAGCUGACCAUCGAGCUGUCCUGUUGCAAGUAUCCGCCGGCAAGCAGCUUGCCCGCCGAAUGGGGACGCAACAAGCGGGCGCUGUUGCAACUGCUGAAGCAGGCGCACAUUGGCAUCAAGGGUCUGGUGCAGGAUGCCAGCGGUUAUCCGAUUGCGGAUGCAACCAUUGUUGUCUCCGGUCUCGAGGAUAAAUCCAUACGUACCUCAAAGCGUGGCGAGUACUGGCGCCUCCUUACGCCGGGCAUCUACAGUGUCUAUGCGGCGGCCUUUGGCUAUCAAUCGAGCGCACCACAGGAGUUGCACGUGACCAAUGAGAAUGUGGAAGCCUUGCGUGUGGACUUUAAGCUGUCUCCGGUGGAAACCAACUAUGAUGGCAACUUUCGCAAACAAAAGGUGGAGCGAGCAGAGCCGCCAGAGCAGCUGAAGGAGAAAUACGAUGGAUUUCUAACUCCCACCAAGUUCGAGCACCACAAUUUUGUGGCCAUGGAGAGCUUUCUAAGGAACAUGAGCGCCAGUUAUCCAUCGUUGACGCGUCUCUACAGCAUUGGGAAGAGUGUGGAGGGCAGGGAUCUGUGGGUGCUGGAGAUAUCGACAGCACCGGGAACACAUGUACCCGGUGUGCCGGAGUUCAAGUAUGUGGCCAAUAUGCAUGGCAAUGAGGUUGUGGGCAAGGAGAUGCUCCUGCUGCUGACCAAGUAUCUGCUGGAGCGCUAUGAGAAUGAUGAGCGUGUGACACGGCUUGUGAAUGGGACACGGAUGCACUUCCUCUACAGCAUGAAUCCCGAUGGCUAUGAGAUAUCCCAAGAAGGGGACCGAACCGGCGGACUUGGACGUGCCAACGCCCACAAUGUGGAUCUCAAUCGCAAUUUUCCGGAUCAGUAUGGAACGGAUAAGUUCAAUAAGAACACCGAGCCGGAGGUGGCAGCCGUCAUGAACUGGACUCUAUCGAUACCAUUUGUGUUGUCCGCGAAUUUGCAUGGCGGCUCCCUGGUGGCCAAUUAUCCAUUUGAUGACAACGAGAAUGACUUCAAUGAUCCGUACUCGCGACUGCGGGAUGCCAGCAUCAGUGGCCGGAAACUCAAUCCCACCGAGGACAAUGAGCUGUUCCGUCAUCUGGCGCUCGUCUAUUCCCGAGCACAUCGCACCAUGCAUCUGGGCAAGCCGUGUGCUCUCUUCCAGAACGAGCUCUUCAGCGAUGGCAUCACCAAUGGCGCCCAGUGGUAUAGUGUGACCGGUGGCAUGCAGGAUUGGAACUAUGUGCGGGCUGGCUGCAUGGAGCUGACCAUUGAGAUGGGCUGCGACAAGUUCCCGAUGGCCAAGGAGCUGCCGCAGUACUGGCAGGACAAUCGCGAGCCAAUGCUCCAGCUGAUCGAGCAAGUGCAUCAUGGUGUGCACGGCUUCGUGCGCAGCUCCAUUGGCACGCCCAUUGCCGGAGCCGCAGUCGGUCUCAACGGUGGCAAUCACACCAUCUACAGCGGCACCUUUGGCGACUACUGGAAACUGACGCUCCCCGGUCGCCACAAUGUCACCGUCCUGGGCGAUGGCUAUGCCCCGCUGCGCGUUGAGGUGGAAGUGCCCGCGGUGGAACCAUUCGGGAUGCGCCUGGACGUCACCCUGAUGCGCGACGAUCCGCAGCACUGGGCCUCCGCCAACGAUUUCCGCAUCAUCGAGAAUGUGGUGAACACCAGAUAUCAUAUCAAUACAGAGGUUCGCAGUCGACUCGCCGAGCUGGAGAACCAGAACGGUCAGAUCGCCAGCUUUGGCUAUGCGGACAAUGAGUUCAGUCGACACUUCAACUACAUCAAGCUGACCUCCAAUGUUGGCGAACCGGAGGAGCACAAGUACAAGCUGCUGGUGGUAAGCUCACUGUAUGAUACAACCGCUCCGCUGGGCAGGGAGAUAAUGUUGAAUCUGGUGCGACAUCUUAUCGAGGGUCACAAGCUGCAGGAUGCGUCUGUCGUCCAGUUGCUGCAACGCAGUGUCAUCUACUUUUUGCCACAGACUGAGAAAUUCCCCGAUAUCUUUCAAAUGUACAAUUUCAACCACUCCGUUUGUGAUCCCGUGAUGCCCGACGAGCUGGCCGAGCGCAUCCUGAGUCCCGAGGCGGAGACUUCACGGGAUCUGCUGCUGCAGUUCCUGCGCAGUGAGCACUUUGAUCUGAUGCUGACAUUCAGUGCCGGCAGCUCGGAGCUGAGCUACCCCAAGGGUGAUUCCAUUCUGGAGAAGUUCGCCCACAGCAUACAGCGCACGGAGUUCAACUACUCGCCGCUGCAGUGCAGCACAUCGGCCACCCGGCAAUUGCAUCGCGAGACGACCGAGAGAUUGACCAACCUGUUCUACAAGCUCUAUAAGAUUCCCAUGUUUACGCUGGGAUUAUCCUGUUGCCGGAUGCCGGCGCACCAACAAAUCGCCUCCGUGUGGCGCACCAACAUUGAGAAGAUUAAGAACUUCUUGGGCCUGGUCCAGACGGGGAUCAGUGGCCUGGUGCAGAAUGAGAAGGGGCAACCGUUGCGGGAGGCAUUUGUUCAUCUGUUGGAGCACGAUAGCAUCUACAAUGUGACACGGAAUGAGGCACGGUUCCAGCUGAUGCUGCCCAAGGGUCUCUAUGGCCUGGAGGUCAGUGCACCCAAUUAUGAGUCGCAGAUCAUUAAGGUGCAAGUGCAGCACGACAUCGUCAGUGAUCUGGGAGUGAUCAAGCUGCACGGCUUUACGUUGAUCCGUGGCGAGGUAACCGAACUAAAUGGCCAACAACAGAGUGGCAGCGUCACCAGCAUCACGGGCGUUGUUCUCGACGAUGGCAAUCAUCCCAUACGCAAUGCCAAAAUAUCAGUGAUUCAUCCGACGGGACUGACGCACCUGCGUAACUUCACCAACAGCAUGGGUCAAUACUAUUUGAGAGCAGUUCCCGUGGGCGCCAUAACGCUCAAGGUGGAGGCGCCACGUCACUUUGAGGCCACACGCGACAUACGUCUGCCUCAAGGUGGACAGCCGACCGAGAAUGUUGUCUUCCAUCUCAAGUUCAAUGCCCAUGUUUUUGGUCUGCCACGAUUCCUGUUCAUCAUUGUCGCCAGUGUGCUGAUCAUUGUGGGCGUUGUCAUCUGUGUGCUGUGCGCACAAUUCUGGUUCUAUAGACGCCAUCGGGGCAAGAUGCCCUACUACAAUUUCUCACUGUUGCCCCAGAAGGGCAAGGAGCAGUUCGAUCUGGACGAGGAUGCCGGCGAUGAUGGCGAAACGGAGCUUUUCCGUUCCCCAAUUAAACGUGGCAUGACCAUUCAGCCGUACUUUGACGAGGAUCAGCUGGAGCGUAUACUCCAUACGGAUGACGAGGACGAAGAAGUGGUUAUGGACUUGGAGCCACAAAUGGAGAUAGAUGUGGCCGAGGACAGCGGUGAUGAGAUUGUCAUGUUGCACAAUCCUAAGAAUCAACGCAAGCAUUAAGGAAUCAACCAGCAAUUGAAACUUAAAACAAAACACACACACACAACACAACAAAACUGUGAUUCAAAACGUUUUCAAAAACCAAUCGCUCUUUUUAUAAUAUUAUAAUGAUUAUAAUUUUUUUAAUUUUUUUUAUAAAUUGUCUUUACUUUUUUUGUUUGCUAUCUUUGCUAUGUACAUACAUAUAUACAUAUAUCUAUAUACGAUCAAUCAACAGCUUUAUAUACGACAAAACGAUAUGAUGUUGUGGCGAAUCUCUAGGAAACAAUUUUCCUGAUAAGAUAUAUGUAUGUGCUGUCCAACACCGUAACUGUAACUACUUUUAAGACUGAGACUUUUAAACUAACAUUAACAAGCAACAAAAUAAAAUUAAAGAAAAACAUUGAAAAC